AAUGACGACCGUAGUUUCAUGGACGUGUUCACAGAUGGGAGUCGCAUUCAGUGCUUGAGCUCUCUCCGCGUAAAACUUUACGACUGGCCAAAAUCAGAAAGCGCCAUAUUAACAACAGUUGCCGGAGCAAGUUUGUGAUUUGAUGCAAAGUUACCUCGUAUAGACACGAAUAUGCGGUGGAUAGCAGCAGUGGUCUUCUUGAAUUUUAUUUAUUCAGUUUUAUCUACGAGUCCCGAUGAUGGAGAACCCUAUCUCCAUGUAAUGGCACGAUCAUCGGUAUACAACGUCGGUGUCAAAAGGGCAAUAUACUGCAAAGGGCGGAAUCUUCCAGAGAUGAUCGACUGGAUAUCCCCAAAAGACACAGUAGUCGAAGGUCGGUCUUCAAAGAACACCCGAGUUUACGUUGAGAGAUCUAAGAAUGACACACUAGCUAGUAGCCUUGUGGCUCUCAUCAUACAAGAUGCCAUGAUCGAAGAUAGUGGCAACUGGACGUGCAGAGCAGGCUCUUUGAAUGAGUCUAUUGAAAUCACUGUUGGUGUUAAAGCUGUAAUCUCAAACAAAUACGAGACUAUUGAAGGGGAAGAAGGAAAAUCUGUGAAAUUAGAUUGUAUUGCGAAAGGUUACCCGGCUCCAAUCAUCCAGUGGUAUCUCGAGAAUGAUCCAAUUUCUAAUGAUCACAAAAAAUAUAUACUUAAAAUGAAAGGCGAUAAUUAUCAGCUUGAAAUUAAGAGCUUAACCCACAGAGACACCAAUGAAUACGUCUGCAGAGUUACACAAAAAGCUUUGUCUCAUUUCUCUGACAGGAGAGUGCAAUUAAUUGUUAACCAUAAGCCCUUUCUAGUGGAUGAAAACAAUGAGGUGUCCUACUCGAAAUACAAGACAGAAGAGGUUUACGCUAUUAUGAACGAAACUAAGAAUAUUACGUGUUCGGUUAUUGCCAAUCCUCCGCCUACAUUCCGCUGGUACAGACGGCAAAAUGGCUAUGAUGAAGAAUUACAGGACACUGAGACGGUGUUGACUCCAGAAGACGGCAAUAGCUCUGUGUUCGUGCUGAGGACCUUCGACGCAAGUGCUCUGGGCGAAUACAAGUGUUCGGCCAAUAACAGCAAGGGACACGUUUCAAUCAUCUACCAUGUUUCGCUUGGAAAUAAGCCGAACCCUCCUGACUUUAUACAACUAGCCAGUACAUCCUCAAGUGAUCUCACGUUCAACAUAACAUGCUCCACCUGUAACAUGGCGACAGCGGAAGAAGACAUGUCGGAAGACCCCACCAAUCUUACAGUUCUUGGAUAUUCUUUCGCGCUUGUACCCGUGCAAGAAGGAUUCCUGCCUGACUGGGAUGCCGCUAAUGAGUUUUUGGUGGACAUUCAGGCAUACAAUAGCACAUUAUUCACGGUGGGCCCUCUAAUGAACAGCACCACAUACCACGUGAGAGUGCGGACGCGCAACGCCGCUGGUUUCUCCGACUGGGUUGAAGUGACCCCCAAUCCCACUACAGAUUUAGCCUCCCAAAUUACUCUUUCAUUUAUCCUCAUUCUGGCAAUUUUCUCUGUUUACCCUAUUGUUUAUUAAAACAAUCAACCCUGUUCCUUAUCUGUUUCAAAUUCUUCAUCGUAUAAGUUGUAUUGUAAAAAGUCUUCUUAAAUUUCCCUGUUUAUAUUUAAUAUAGCUAGAAAGAUUUUUUUACAUUGUCUGUUAUGCAAUAUGUGUAAGUGUUCAUUGGUAUAAAAACUUGUUGGUGUUAAUGACGAAAUUAUCGUCCCCAUUUAUCACGUGUAAUCGUAAGCUAUAACUUCGACUGCAAUUAUGAAUUCCAAUAAUAAUAAAUAGUUUAUUAGAAUAAGGUUUAAUGUAAUGAACCAGAUCAGGAAUCGCGUUGCGUCUUCAGAAGUGAUUCUGACUUAUGUAGGGUAGUUUUUUUUCAGUCAUAUUUGUGAUUGCUUGAAGCAUUUUAAUUGCAUUCUUAUAUUGGGUUUUAUCUCACUCAUUCUCUAUGGGAUAAAUUGUAAUUCGAUAAUUUGAUGCAUUUGAUAUAAAUGCCAAUUACUAAAAUUACUAUAAGUACCAAUACGAAAAAACACUAGCAUGAACUUUGGUCUCGUAUGAAAAUAACACUUAAUCUAAACAGAAAAAAAGAUUCCAUUUAUUACUGUCGGAUUUGCUAGUUAUAACAUUUUUGAAAUAUUGCGUCCAAUUAUGACUCACUUCUUUGAUUUUUAAUCUCUUUCAUUGAACUUUUUAGAAGAAUAUUAAAUUGAUUCAUUUUACAAUUUUGAAAAUACUGUUUCACCUAAAAAGACAAUAAGCUUUAGAUCUAUAGCUAUAGCAAGUUUAUUUAAUUUCAUUGAUAUCUUUACGUAUACCUACAGAUUUGUUAAACUGAAUACCUAACAAAGUUUGGUAAUUAAUUAGAAUCAGUAGAAAUUCUUUACAUUGUAUUAAAUACAAUCAUUCAAAUAUAUCAACAAAAAUUUAGAUGUAAUAGCUGUAUAACUUUAGAUGCUUAUUCAUUAUUGUUUGCUGUGUAAAUAAUGUUUAUAAAAAUAUGUACGUUUUAUUGGAUAAUGUAUUUAUUUAUGAUAGAUAUUUAAGACAUGUUUGGCUAAGCUGCGAAGUAAAUUGAUAUAUUAUAUAUUUAUGAUAUUUAUUUACGAAUUCCUUAGUUAAAUAAUCAAUGGUGUUAGAAUGUUAAGUUAUUUAUAUUUACCAGAUAUAUACAUGACUUGUUUUAAUACCUAAGAUUGUAAUUAUUCUUGAAAUACCUUUAAUUUUCUAUUUUCAAAAAGAUAUUCAUUAAAUUUGGUUGAUAAUUGAGUCAAACGUCCGUCAAUUUAACCUACCUAUUGGUAGAAUUUUCAAUUAUAUUUAGUGUAUUGCACAGGAAGACUGAAUUUCCUAUACCCUUUGGAUUUUUUCCUCCCUUCCCUUUAUUAUGAAAUUUUUCAAAUAUGUAACGCUCAUAGGUAUUUAUAUGAUCAAUGCUUGUGAAGCACCGUGUUAUAUGGAUUCCAUGACAUUGUAAUUUUAGUAGCGUUAGGAAAAUGUUGUGAUCUGUCUUUAUGUAAAUAAACUACUAGCUUUGUGAACAUGGUCCUAUCGCCUUAUUUAAUUUGACUCUCAACAUUGUUGCAAAUGUUACACAGGAUGCCGAAAUAAAGGUGGUUUAUAAAAUAAA